AUUCCUUUGUACCGCCACCGAGUUAUGGUGUGACUACUCCAGGAAAGAUCGGACCACUACAAUACAGACGCAGGUGUUGCUUGGUGACAGGCCUCCUUAACACCCCAAACACAUGCUUGGUGUCAGAAGAGUUAGUGUGUGGUGCCACAGGCGUGGGUUCAGGUCUGCCUCGUCUGGCCACCAUGUGGCGGAUCAACAAAGCAACCCUUUACUGACCACCGGCACGCAGGACGCUCGCCAACUUCACACCACGUCACCGAAGAACGAUAAAAAAUUAAACCAGCCGGUCGUAGCCAAUCAGAUGCCCCGUCCCGGAGGCAUUCCAUCCUUUAUGCGCCUCCCUAUUCAGAAAGACACCGAAGGUUUGGACGCCUGCUUCGUGGGUGUACCAUUGGACAUAGGAUGUAGCAACAGGUCCGGGACUCGAUUUGGUCCUCGCUAUCUACGCUGCGAGUCCCCGCAGAGACCCGUGAACCAAGGUACUGGCGUAAACCCGUUCCUUACACAUAAUGUGGCCGAUAUCGGAGACGUCUUCAUCAAUCUGUACAAUCUGCCAGAAGCGUGCCGUAACAUCCGGGAGCAGUAUCAAAGCAUCAUCAGUAAGAAAUGCAUCCCUCUCACCAUGGGCGGCGACCACACCAUCUCAUACCCAAUCUUGCAGGCGAUGAAGGACAAAUAUGGACCAGUAGGACUUAUCCACGUGGACGCUCACCCAGACCUGCAGGAUGAGGUGUUGGGUAGCCCGAUAGGACAUGGGACGCCCUUCAAGCGAGCUUACGAUGAGGGCCUGUUAGACUGUUCCCGUGUCAUUCAGAUUGGCCUGAGAGGCACCGGAUACUCCUCAGACGACUGUAACAUCGGCAGGAGUUUGGGAUUCCGGGUGGUGGGAGCGCAGGAGUGCUGGUACAAGUCUUUGGAGCCCCUGAUGGCUGAGGUGCGGGAACAGAUGGGAGAAGGACCCGUCUACCUCUCCUUUGAUAUCGAUGCUAUCGACCCCUGCUAUUGUCCCGGCACUGGGACGCCUGAAGUAGGAGGCCUCACUAGCAUCCAGGCUCUUGAGAUUGUCCGUGGGUGCCGCGGCUUGAAUCUUGUCGGCUGUGACUUGGUGGAGGUGUCUCCACCUUACGACGUGGCAGGGAUGACAGCAGGAACCGGCGCCCACCUCCUCUUUGAGAUGCUGUGCGUACUGCCUGGACCUCGACACUGUGAAUGACCUUGUGUUCCUUGCAAUCUUAUAUUGUGUUUUCUUUUGCUGUCUUAUCCUUUCGGCAUUUCAUUAGAUACCAUAUUUCAUAAUAACGUAGCCAUGGUACUUUUUUUUAUUUAAUACUGUAGCUAUUUCUACUACUAUUAUUAAAUCAAGCAGCUUAGUUAGGACUGAAAUGUCCUUUCCUGUUUGAAAUAAACUUGUAUCCACUUGGGUGUCGAUUCUCUUCGCUUUGCUGCAUGUUUGUCUUAUUCCUAAGAGGAAAGUAAGUGAGGGAACUCAUUCAUAAAGCAGCACAGCGUACACUACAUGGCUCAUGCCACACCAGCCUGUGAAUGGUGAAAUUAAGAGGUCAUUGAGAAAAUGGAGCAACGAAUGGUGUGUUAUAGCAUCUAGCAAAUCAGGAGGAUAUAAAUAAAUGAUAUGGAGAAAAUAUGAUACAGAAAAUUAAAUGAGACCUGUGAGUGAGACAGGUGCUAAUCAGAAAGUUUGAAGAAAAAUUUAUUAUAAAAGUUUUAUUAAUUUAUAUAUUUUGGAAAAAUGCUAGUAAUGUGAAGGAAGGAAAAAAAAGUCUUGAAAGUGAAGGAAUUUGUAAAAAAUGAAGCAAUUAUAUCGAAUGAUUGUAAAUGAGUGUUGUUAUGAUCAUAAAUUUCUGCCCUUCCCUCAGUUGCCUCAAAUGGACUAGGUCUCCCAAGUCACCUACGUGACUGGGUGCAGUGCUUAAUAUAGGUUACUAGGUCCA